AUGGCGAGCGCUCAGCCGGGGGUCCACGCAUUGAAACUCCAGCCUCCCUCCGUCUCUCACACACUGAGGAACGGAAGCAACUUCAUUAAAUGGGACGAGGAUCUGUCCACCGUGACUCCAGUGACUCUACAUGUGGAUCAACAUGGAUUUUACCUCUACUGGACUGACCAAAACAAGGAGACGGAGUUGUUGGACCUGACUCUUGUAAAAGAUGUCAGAACGGGGAGAAGCACCAAAACACCCAAGGAGGCCAAGCUGCGGGAGCUGCUGGAUGUUGGGAAUCUGGUUGGCCGGCUUGAGAACCGCAUGGUUACCGUGGUUACGGCUUCAGACCUUGUCAACGUCAACCAGCUCAACUUCAUUGCUUCACAGGAGGACGAAGCUAAGGUGUGGUGUGAGGAACUGUUCUCUCUGUCUUCCAACCUGCUGAGCCACAAUCUCAAUAGAGACCACAGUCUGUUAAAAGCGUACGUCAGAUUAACUCUCCAGCCGAACGCAGAGGGGAGAAUCCCUGUCAAGAACAUUGUUCGACUGUUUUCAUCAGACAGAAAGAGAGUAGAGAAUUCCCUGGAGAAUUGCAGGCUGCCCUACGGACGGGGUGACAGUAUCAAACUGGAGGACUUCACACUCGAAGUUUACAGGAGCUUUUUGGACAGUCUGUGUCCUCGUCCUGAGCUUAGCAACAUCUUUAAACUGCAAGGAAGGGAUGAUGGGACACUGUCAGUUGAUCAGAUGACAGAGUUCAUCAACAACAAGCAGAGAGACCCGAGGCUGAAUGAAAUCCUCUAUCCGCCUCUUCGUCCUGCACUGACAAACUCUCUGAUGGAGAGGUACCAACAGGACCAGGCACUGCUGAAGCAAGGAUUCAUCUCUCUCCAGGCAUUCUCCAGUUAUCUGUCCAGUGAAGAGAACGGAGUCAUCCCACCAGAGAAACUGGAUCAGUCUGAAGACAUGAGCUUCCCCCUGUCUCACUAUAUCAUCAACUCAUCACAUAAUACAUACCUGACAGCGGGCCAGCUGGCAGGGAGCUCCUCAGUAGAGAUGUACAGGCAGGUGCUUCUGGCUGGAUGCCGCUGUGUGGAAUUAGAUGUGUGGAAAGGACGAACGGCUGAGGAGGAACCUGUCAUCACGCAUGGGUUUACCAUGACAUCAGAAAUCCCUUUUAAGGAAGUGAUUGAAGCUAUUGCAGAGUGCGCCUUCAAGACUUCACCUUUCCCUGUCAUACUCUCCUUUGAAAACCACGUGGACUCUUUGAAGCAGCAGGCUAAAAUGGCUGAAUACUGUCGAUCUAUUUUCGGAGAUGCGCUGUUGAUUGACCCUCUGGACAAAUAUCCUCUGGAGUCGGGCGUCCCCCUGCCCAGUCCUCAGGAGCUAAUGGGCAAAAUUCUCAUCAAGAACAAGAAAUCCCACAAACCCUCCAAUAACACGGACACCAAACGACUGACGGAUCAACCUGCCAAUCAGAGCAACGAACAAGUGUGUCCUAGCAACAACACGGGAGAGAUCGAGGCUGAGAGUGAGGAAGAUGAUGAUGAUGAAGAUGAUGAUGGUAAAAAGGGCUCAGCAGAGCGGGAGGCAGUGGCUACAGAGGAAAUGUCAACUCUAGUAAACUAUGUUCAGCCAACCAAGUUCACCUCCUUCGAAGUCUCCAAGAAGGCGGCCCGCUGUUACCACAUGUCGUCUUUUGUGGAGACCAAAGCUUUGGAGCACCUCACAAAGUCACCAGUGGAGUUUGUUGAAUAUAAUAAAUAUCAGUUGAGUCGUAUCUAUCCAAAAGGAACCAGAGUCGACUCAUCCAACUUCAUGCCUCAACUCUUUUGGAAUGCCGGCUGUCAGCUGGUGGCUCUCAACUACCAAACUAUAGAUUUGUCCAUGCAGCUCAAUCUCUUCAUGUUCGAGUACAACGGUCGGAGUGGCUACAGACUGAAGCCUGAGUUCAUGAGACGGCCAGACAAACACUUUGACCCCUUCACAGAAAACACAGUGGAUGGUAUCGUUGCCAACACGCUGUCUGUGAAGGUGAUUUCAGGCCAGUUUCUGACUGAACGGCGGGUGGGUGUGUAUGUGGAGGUGGAGAUGUUUGGACUUCCUGUGGACACCAGAAGGAAAGCGCUGAAGACCAAAACCUCUCAGAACAACAACGCCAUCAACCCAGUUUGGGACGAAGAGCCGAUCGUCUUCAAAAAGGUGAUUCUUCCUACUCUGGCCUCUCUGAGAAUUGCUGCUUUUGAGGAAGGAGGGAAGUUUAUUGGUCAUCGGAUUAUUCCAGUGACUGCCAUAAGACCAGGUUACCGUUACAUCGGUUUGAGGAAUGAGAAAAAUCAGUCUCUGAUUCUACCAGCUGUGUUUGUCUACAUCGAGGUCAAAGAUUACGUCCCAGACACCUUUGCAGAUGUGAUAGAGGCUUUGUCCAACCCCAUUCGAUAUGUCAACCUCCUGGAGCAGAGGUCUAAACAGCUGGCAGCUCUGACACUGGAGGACGGGGAGGAGGACACGCAGACCGAGGAUGAGGCUGACACUUGUGCAGAGCGUAAGAACGAUCUGAAAUCAGCUCCACUGGAGAACGGUUUGAGCCCCGCCUCUGGCCCUACAGGACACACCCCCAUCACCACGACGCCCAAAGCUUCCGCAGCCAAUCAGCAAGCAGCUACGACAGAUGCAGCCAAACCAGCUGCAAAGAGUGAAGAUCUGGUUUUAAGUAUUUUGAUAGAUGUCCCAGUGUGCACCAUAGAGAGUCUUCAGCAGUCAAAGGUUUACCAGAAGGAGCAGAGACGUCAGUUUAAAGAGCUGAAAGAGUUAGUGAGACGGCACCAGAAGAAAACCUCAGAGCUCCUCCGAGAGUUCAACAACAAGUACAAGAAGAUGGCCAGACAGUGCAGCAAGAGCAGGGCUUCGUGUUCGGACAGUGAGAAAGACGACUGCCUCCAGCGGCUGAGAGACGAGCAGCAGCAGCAGCUCUUGGCUCUGAGGCAGGAACAGUACUACAGUCAAAAAUAUCUACAGAGAGAACAUAUUAAAAUGCUGACAGAGCGACUGAGCAAUCUGGCGGAGGAAAGUCACAACUCCCAGAUGAAGAAACUCAAAGAUAUCUGUGACAAGGAGAAAAAAGAGCUGAAGAGGCAGAUGGAUCGAAGGAGAACAGAGAAGAUCAACCAAGCAAAGACCAAAGAGAAACAUCUGGCUGAAGAAGAGAAGAUGGAGAUCAAUAAGUCCUACGUCAAUGAAGUCGUCCAGAACAUAAAACGGCUUGAGGAGACUCAGGCGAAGCGCCACGAUCAGCUGGUGGAACAGCACAGCGAGCUCCUGCAGGAGAUACAAGACCAGAAACCAAAGCUGCAAGGGGCCGUGGAGGCAGAUUUUCAGGAGAGGUUCCAGUGUUUGCCCGGAGAGAUUGAAGACUUUCUGCAGGACAGGAAGACGGAGGUUAGAGGUCACAGCAAGUCCCGGUCAUCGACCCCACACGAAGCUCUGUCAGAGGAGGACUGAAGAGAAACAAAUGUGCAGACGAGUCAUGGGAGUGUGAAGAAGAAGAAUCGAUGAAUCAAUGGAAGCAGAGUGGAGUGAAUCAAGAAGUGGAUCAAAAUACAAGGAAGUAAGAAAUGCAAAAGGGAAGCAUUGAUGAAAGGCUAGUGCGGGAGUAAAUAAAAGCAGAAGAGAUAUCAAGAUUAUAAAGACUGUUACUUUUCUUUUUAAUGGAAGAAUGCUUUAAUGAUUUAUUUUUUAAUUCCAUUCAAGCAUGCACUUUGCUGUACUUCAGCAUUUAAUCAGAACCCAUUUAGUCUUAUUUUCUUUCACUUGUUAUUUUAGAGGACAACUGAAUCAAUCUAUCUAUCUAUCUAUCUAUCUAUCUGACAGUUUGUACUAUUUAUUUGUGUUCAUACAUUUGAAUAUCAGUGUACAUACAUCAGACUCCAGGACGGUCUCUAUUUUAUAUGCACAUGGAGAGAUGUUACACAAUGUUACACAAAUGCUACGAAUCCAAACCACACGUUUUUUUGAGCAGCGUUCAACAAACUCUAAGCAGCUAUUUUAUCUUCUUAUUAGUCAGCCACCGUGGCGGCCUCGACGACUUCUACAAUGGGCACUGCUAGUUCCUCAGCUGUGUCUUAUAAACACUUAUUUAUCAUUUUUUGCAAUGCUCUCUUUUCAUAUAGUUGCACACAUUCCCACUCUGAAACUUCCGAUGCAUAUGGACAGUCUGAUCUUUUGGCCUCUGAGCAGCUUUGCUGGAGCAUCUGGAGUUCAGUGGUAAUGAUGGAGAUUUAUCCACCACAUUUUGCUAGUUUGAAAUAAUGUAGAAUUAGAAAUGUUGCAUACUUUAAAAAUACAGAAUGAUGUACGCAGCAGUACAAGAUAACACACAUACCAUAGCGUAAUGUCAAUAUUAUAUACUUUUCAAGAGCAUAUUAUCAGGCCGUUUUAUGGGGUUGUUUUUAAAGCUGACAGUCAUCUGUGUAACAAGUAAGACCUUAACAGGGAUAAAGCCCAUAUUCAGACCAUGAAUGAGUAUGUUGACACACUUGUUGCAAGAUUUAUGCGAUAGGCGACUGGAUCAUUUAUUGAAUCCUCACUUAUUUGCUUUGAUUAUGCACUUAUUUAUUUAUUUAUUCUUAUUUAUUUAUUUCUUCUUGAGAUUA